AUGGGAGUUGACAUCCACCACAACAAGGACAGAAAGCUCUACAGGUUCCUGGUCAGACAGACCAACUCCACCUUCAACCAGGUUGUGCUGAAGAGGCUGUUUAUGAGCUGCACCAACCAGCCACUACUGUCCCUUUCUCAGAUGACCUGAAAGAUGAAGCUUCCUGGCCGAGAAAACAAGACGGCUGUGGUGGUUGGGAUUAUAACAGAUGACGUGAGUGUUCCGGAGGUGCCCAGGCUGAAGGUGUGUGCUCUGCGUGUGAGGAGCCAGGCCUGGAGCCGCAUCCUCAGGGCUGGAGGCAAGAUCCUCACCUUCGACCAGCUGGCCCUGGACUCACCCAAGGGCUGCAGCGCCGUGCUGCUGUCAGGGCCGUGCAAGGGCCGAGAGGUGUACAGGCAUUUCGGCAAGGCGCCAGGCACCCCACACAGCCACACCAAACCCUACAUCCACUUCAAGGGGAAGUUCGAGCGUGUCCGAGGCUGAAGAGCCAGCCACGUCUACAAUAAGAACUAA